CCUAAAAAAUCUUUCGCUACUGGAUACGAGGGUUUUUUGUUUCCCUCCUCGCGCAAUCGUUCCAACGCAAAGAAUACUCGUUCAGACCUUCAAUCAAUCUCUGUCGAAUUCGAAGAAAUUUUGCCGAAGAGAAAUAUAAAGGAUUUUGUUAAAGAUGCAAAGCGGAGGCGAAGAGGUUAGCAUUGAAGAAUUGGCUUCGAAUCUAUCUACUUACAGAGAACAGCUUCAACAGGUUCGCGCACUAUUAAAUGAUGACCAUGGCAACUCUGAAUAUUUGGACAUGGAGAAGGAACUUGUCGAGGUUAUUGCUUUGACAGAAGAGCUCCUUGCAACUGCUAAACAAAAUGAAGAUGUUGGACUGGGUACUGGGGACAGUGCUGAUGCAUCUUAUGAUCUUGGCCAUCUAGGGAGCACUUCGGAAUCUACGUCUUCAUUUGCUCAGACUGAUAAGUUUCCUGUUGGCACUAAAGUACAAGCUGUUUGGAGUGAGGAUGGAGAGUGGUACGAAGGAACCAUCGAGGCACAUACUCCAAAUGGCUAUUAUGUUACCUAUGACGUGUGGGGAAAUAAGGAAGAGGUAGAUCCUGCUAAUAUUAGGCCAAUCCAAGGAGAUGUCAAUCCCUUGCUUGAAGCUGAAAAGGUUGCCGAGGCCACAAGACAGGCUUUGAAGCGGAAGAUUGCUCAGGCUGCCGUCAUUGAUUACCAGUCUAAGAGUCUACCAGCAAAGCUCCGCAUCGAACCUAAUGAUCCUGAAGAUGUGAAAGCUGCAAAGAAAAAGAAGAUUCACGCCUUUAAAUCUAAAAUGCGGAUAGAGAAGCUUGAGGUUGCCCAAAACAAGAGGCAAAAUGCUUGGCAACAAUUUCAGUCAACUAAAGGCCAAACUAAGAAGGUUGGUUUCUUCUCGGGUCGAAAGCGGGAAAGCAUCUUCAAGUCCCCCGAUGAUCCUACUGGGAAGGUUGGUGUAACGGGAAGUGGGAAAGGCCUGACAGAUUUUCAGAAGCGGGAGAAGCAUUUGCAUCUGAAAGGUGCCAACAUCGAGGGAUCCGAAGAGUAGGUGUAAGCCAUGUCCCCUUCCAUUGGUUGAAUGGCAAUCUUAAUCUUAACUAAAACACUCUUCAGAAGCAGGCUGAACCAAGCCAAAUCGUCCUUUCUUCUGUCUCAUCUUGUAUUUGUUCUGUUGAGUUUCCAUCUAUCUAGGCUGUCACUGGAAGCACAAAUGGAUGUUGAUAAUGAAGUUUAGAUUUAAGAACAUGGUUGUUUCCUUGAAAAUUUGAUAUAUAUAUAUAUAUAUAUAUAUAUAUAUA